GAGAAGGGCGCUACCGCUUCGUCGACGAACAAUAAACUCAAGGAGGAUGCUCUACCGGAACAAGAAAAUGGAGGCGAGGACUACAAGCUUAGACGGCGGCUUCGAAGACGCGCGCGGAACUUCAAUCCGCGUAUACUGCCACGACAGCUAGAUUCUGAGACAGUAAAGAAUCCAAAAUUCAGCAAUGCCUCUGUACGGGAGAGAUUGGGACUCCUGGGAGUAUCCCAGACUGGGUUCGAUGAGACCGACAAGAAGGGCGCGAGAUCGACAGCUGUAGUCCCGGUUCCUGAGGAGGAGAACCCAGAUGACCUCGCAAAUAUCCGGUUCUCGACGCUUUUGGGUCUUCAAUCUGAUAAUGAGGAUUCAAAAAUAUCUCGCAAAGCCAGUCUUAAAAGAGCAGCUGCGAAGGUGGUCGCACAAACAGAAGCUGAAGUAGAAGUAGACGGGAAGAAUGGUCAUCAACAAGGCAAGAGGACCACGUCGACUAAUGCAGCAAACAGCGACCUAAAGCCAUUGCUUCGAUGUCACCGCCGUAGACCUGCUGUUUUUUCGCACUUGUUGGACUCUCGGUCUAAAUCCAAGAAUCUUGGCCUUCCAGUGCCAGAACAGGAUGGUCGCGUUGGUCAUCAUUCCAUUCAAAAAUGGACUGCUCUGUCAACACACACGUGGCACGCAAGGAGAUUCCAUAUGGAAAACGUUUGGGGGUGGCGAUUACCAAAAAAUUCCUGCGAAAUCGGAGCCCGCGCUGUCGCUCGGCGCGCAUCCGAGAAAAACGAGGGCCUGUUAUUGCACGAUCGGUCGUAUAUGCGUGUGCUGCGCGUUUCAGGAAGUACGAAAAUGGAGAUUGUGGAUUGUGUGGUUGGUGCUUUUAGUACCUGCAAUGGAGAGGGAGCUGGCGCGGAGAGAAACCUAGGAGCGACUCAAACUCAUCUACGAGACCGGCUUCUUACAGCAUCGUGUGCUGAGGCAAAUCGUGGUAGUCCUGGAAAGCAAAGUCGAGGACUCCUGGACUUGCCAGAUGCAAAGCGGUUAGGGUCAUUUAUCGCCAGAGACGUGCCAUUUCUGUGGACGACCUCUUCGACAGCACCUUCUGGAAAAAGUGAAGUUGUAACUGGUGGCUCGGCUUCGGAUGCAACAAGUAGAGUCUUGGGAGUCUCCUCGUCCUCACCAACUUCACUCCUGCUAUGGCUGCACGCUUCUUGUGCGGAAGAAAUUCAUGCGCAGCUGACGCAGAAUAGAACGCAAGUCGAUAAGAAGAAGAUCGACAUGUGUUGGUGUCCCAAUAUUUACACAUGGGAGUUUACUGGUACCCGCAUUGACACUGAUGUAUUCAAGCGCAUUUGUACGAGAAAGACUACAACUACUCUUCGUACAGCAGAGCAAGAACCAGAACAACUACAUCAGAGUACUCCUAGUAGAUGUCCUCCAUCGUCCAAGACCACUUGUCGUGGUCGAUUUGUCUCUGGCUCGCUUUACUAUAACCUACGUUCUCCGCUUGAGGAGGAGCCCGAGUCUGAGGAUGCCACCAAAAGCGAAGUACUCUGGGUAGACACAUCGACAACGAGUUUGGGCUACUGUGGCAGUACUUCUCGACGCAGUGGCCAUCAACCUAUUCAAAAAUCAUCUACAACUUCCUGCGGAGAUGAUGAAGAUGAAGGUGAAUUUUCACGAGCUGCAAGUAGAGAGACAGCAUCUUGGGCAACUGCUUCUGCAUCCUUAGUCACAAACAGUAGAACUUCAAGGCCUAAGAAAGCGACUUUGCGUUCUGGUGAGCUUAUUUUCUAUGAGCCUGACACAGCCAAAGUGCGCAAACUUUGGCUUCAUUUUGUUUUUGCUGCUCGUGCAGAAGUUAUCGGGUACCAAGAUCGACGCAUUCUCCGGAACGAAUACUUGUUACCCGAUUUUCCCUUCGACUAUCCUGAGACCCCAGCUGGUCAAGAAUGGCGUCUCCGUGCUGAGCGUGAGGAAGUCUCGAGUUUCAUCCUGAAGCCAAGAGCUAAGAGGACUAAUUUUGCCUUAUUUCGAAUUCACUCGCCGUUUUUUGGCUUCUGGUACGACAAGCAGAGUCGGGAGAAGUUACUGGAGCAAGAUGUAGACUUUUGGAGACACUACAAUAACCGGCGAGAGACGCUGGUGGAUAAGAAGGAUGACAGCGGAACACAGCGCGACCUCCGCAAAAGCCUGCCAUCUAUACCUUUUCCUUCUGCUUUUCUACGACAAACCACCGCCACAGCCUCUACACCAUCUGCUUCUACAAAAAGUGCUCCUCGUCUUCGCACAAGUGUACCAACUCACACAGUAGUUUCAAGGCCAUGCAACAGAGGGAACUAUAAUCAGAACCUUGCUGUUGCCCAUCAUCCAGCUGAACAGGAAAAAUUGCGACACGUCCUUUCCUGUCGAGUCUUCCCGCUCUCUUCCGCCAUUCCUGAGCCAAGAACACACCUGUACUUGCCAUCCGCGGAGGACAUAGAAAAGUUCAGAACAGCCGCUUCUGAAGCACGUGAUCAGCAACAAGCGCCUGACUUCGUACUAGAGGAGAAAAUCAAGGUCGCGAAUGCCAAGAUGAGUGGCAAGACCAAAGUUCAGUCAACAGCUGAUGUUUCAUGCUUGCAAUCGGAAGAGCCACUUCGACAGCUUUGUGGCUUUGUUGUUGCUGGAGGCUAUUCACAUGCAUUCGGAAGGGGGUGUGGUAUUGGUUGUGUCGAGCUUUCUGCCGAUGUCUUCAGUAAAGAAGCUUCAUCUGGGAAAGGAAAACUGUUGCUGUGGAUGCGCCAUGUGAAUUCUCUGAAAUACUACCCCUGUUGGAUAGAGCCCGAAACCCAGCGACACAUCAUAGGCUAAGAAUGGUCAUUUUAUAUGUCAGUUUUUUCCUCCACAUGACGAUAACGUAGGAGCCCGUGGUGAUCACAUCAGUACUUCUAGUUCUA